AUGCGUGCUACAACUCUUCUAGGCGAGAAUCUCGUCUCCCAGUACAUAUGUCCGUCAUGUAGCUGGCGGAUAGUCAGCUUGAAUGGCACCAGCAGUUCUAGAAUUCGCCGUCCUCAAGGUUCACGGAAUCACCUAAAAGCUAUACACACCUCCUCCCGGCCUCCUUUUCGAAAACUACGCCCCUCCAGCGCUCUAUCAUGGAAACUUAUAACCAAGAGAUUCGUUCAUUCGGCUGUACAGUCCAGAGAACCUCCCAAUAGCUUCGUCGAUACUGAUCAACCCCCAGUUUUACUGGAGGACAAUGAAAGUGGCUGGGAAAUUGACACCCCCGGAUCAAAGAGGGAGGAUCCGAGUCAAGACCGGAGACGCGAGGAACACAUUCGAGCCACCCUUUUAGAAGGACAACCGGACAAAGUGAUGGCUGUCUUCCUUGAUUCUGACAAUUACCACUACGUCAUGCGUCAAUUACCUACCACCACCUUUGUAGAAGCUCUUCGAUUGCUAUCUCCGUCAUAUUUCAUCGAACCAUGGAGGAAAAUUCAGCGAAGCUUCCAUUCUUCCGCCGCAUUAUACGCCAAAGUUGAGCCACUUACACAGAUUUUUUCUAGGUUUGCGAAGAAUCUAGCGACAAUUGUUGAAGCACGACGUCGUGCCGGGCAUACUUUGGGACUGGCUGAAUAUACCCAUUUACUGAAUUGCGCUCGUUCGAUGGGUGAUGAGGCCAUGGCUAGUACAUUGUGGGAAGAAAUGAUUGCUGACGGAGUCACGCCGGAUGUAUUAUGUUAUAAUUACUACAUGGAGGCCAAAGUCUGGAACAUGGCCUUUAUUCCCAAGGAAAACCAUUCGUUAAGGUCGACACCUUGGAUUUACAGGAAAAGAGGCUUUAAACGCAGCAAUCCGGGGUAUAGAGGGUACAAAACCGGAAAGGAUGGUGUGCGUGAUGAAGUGCACAGCUUAUUCAAAGACAUGGUAGUAGGUGGGUUGGAUGCGAACGAAUCGACUUUUAUUCAGCUAAUGAUAGCAUCUGGACGUGAAUGGGACAUUGCCGCUGUCAAGGAUACGCUGAAAACAGUUUGGAACAUUGACACCAACCUUUUGCAAAAGGGUGAAGAAGACCUCCCGCCCGUUACUCCUUAUCAUCCAUCCUCUCCUUUACAUCCCACAGACGAGCUCUUACUUGCCGUGGCACACAUCUUCUGUACGAAUAACGAUAUUCCAACCGCACUACAACUGGUUGACUUUAUCUCCGUCAAUUAUAAUGUGCCGAUACCACAUCGUACCUGGAUGGAACUUUUUGUCUGGUCAUAUAUUCUAUCUACUAAUAGAUAUGGGCCUAACAUGGAAGACAAUAUGAUAGGCCACAUCCCGAAGGACUCCGUGAUUGGAAUCUUCAGAACCAUGACUUCAGAGCCCUACAACAUGAAGCCCACGCUACAGGUGUAUGACGUCCUAACAAAACUUAAUUGGGGGCGUCAAGCGGUAGAUCCCACAGAGAAUUUCAUGCGUGAUGGGCGGAAAAUGUUCCAAAAAACCCUCUCCAAGCGGCGUGUUUUGGCGAAGCAGCUCGUUCAAGCGUGGAAGGAUAUGGAAUCCGAACAAGAUAAUGCUGUCAGCGACAACUUCUUCCAUCCAACGCAAAGUGCAACACACAGCCUCCGCGGUCGUGUCAACCCCCUCUCCCUUACUCCUCCGCCCACUGCUCCAAAACAUUAUUGGGAUUUGUACCAUCGAUUCCAAAUCGUACAAAUGGCCACAUGUCGAGAACUCGACUAUCUCCAAACCUGGGCACUCUUUAUGCUUCUUCGAAGGCGGUGGACCGGUACCAAGUUUGAGUGGGAAAGGAGAGGCGUUCCCGAUACUGUGAAGGAAUGGAAACUCUUCCUGCCCCAUGUUGUGCGUUAUCACAUCACAGAUGGGAUGGUUGAGUUUGACCCAUCUCACUUCUGGGGAGAUGACAUACCGGUUCGGGCGACCCUUCACCACUAA